AAGGAAAGUGACUGCGACAUAUUUUGUGACAACUUUUUGUAACUUCUAAUGUCAAGACAUUCUCUUUGGUCAACAUCACGUCAACUCAUCAUGGCCUUCACUUGAAAGAAACAGUUGCACAGUUUAGAUAAAUUUAAUGAGUAUACCCACAUCUAAAUUAAUAUUAUAUUUAUUCGUGUUUUUCAUUUUAAGCGAAUUUGCCCAGAAAACGGCAAACAUGGGGGUUUCGUACACAGACAAUGACGCCACAUGUCCUAACAAAGAAGGACAUGGCGAAAAUGUGAACGAAGUUAAAAUGAAUUCAAUAUACCGCAAUACUGAAAUAUAUAAGGAAUGCAGCUAUCAACUUCCUUCAAUUCAUUUCUUCAAGACCAAGAAAAAGAACCCUUUGUCCAAUGCCAAACUCGAAGCGCAAAUAAAUAGAGAAUUUGCCGAGUGUAAACAAAGUUUCAAUUCACAAAACUAUUGGUCAAAGGUUUAUCAUUCACCCAUCACAGAUAGACAGUGCAAGGUUAAGCAAGUUGAACAAAAUACUAAUAGCAAGCAGUCAUCAGACAUUCAGCUCGAUACUAAUCAAUUAGAAUGCCUCCAAAAUGACACAAACAUCCAAGCCUGUCACAUCGUUCCUACUGAAAAUGUAAGCACGUCCAUGACUUCGUUUCUUAAGCCGAGACAAUCAGUAAAGGCAAGAGUGAAGGGAUGGUACAAAACGGCUGUCCCAAAAAUGUUGUGCCCGUGCUGCACUGGCGGGGACGACAACCUGGCCCCGUACUGCGCUCACAGUGCCGCCGGCUCUUAUGAAAGCAUAGACUUGAAGUUCUCCAACAAUGCGCUACGCUCUUUAGACUUGGACGCAUCUCUUAUGAGCAUCAUACAUAUGCAUAGAAGUUGUAAACAGAAGAGAACACCUAAAGAUUAUGCAAAAAUAUUAAGUGCUGUACUUAAUAAUACCUACAAAAAUGCCAUUUAUUGGAUAAGCUCGAUAAAACAGUAAUUAUGAACUUUUGAGUAUGGUUAUGGAAAGGCUUUAUUACUUACGUCAUAGAAGUAAAAAUGAUGACAGCUGAAAGAUUUUAUUUUGUCAAAAAUGACAUUAUAUCCACAAUAUCAAGUGCUACGUUUUUGUAUUUUGAAUUGAAAGUAUUGCUGAAUUGUUUUGUAAAAUUCAUUGCAGCUAUGGUUGAUCUGCAAGAAAUUGAAAGAUGCCAUUAAACACUAUCACCAAAAUGCCUACAUAGCAGGCAAAACGAUAUUUUAAUGAAUUGGUAAGAAAGAGAAGAAACGUACGUGGCGCUGUUGCUUGUGAGAAGAUAUCACUAUUUAAAGAUUACUUUUAGGCCAUGUGUUUUAGUCUAUAUAAAAAGAAAAAGGACUAUGACAAUGCAAGGGACCACUUAAAAACUGAUAGCACGAAUGCUAAGAAAGUGCAGGGAAAAGUUCCGAAAUCUGCCAAUGCGGCCAUUUACCCACGAGGGCAAAUUAUACGUAUAACGCGAGAACCUAACACUCCACACACGCCUAGUAGACCACUUGUUUCAAAUGCGCAACGACCUAAAGUGUCACAACCAAAUGUGCCACGAGCAAACACGUCGAAUAUAUCACGAGGAAAUACGCCGAAUACGUCACGAGGUAAUGUGCUGAAUGCGUGACAACCAAAUGCACCGAAUGUACCUCGAACAAAUGUACCGAAUGUGCCACGGGCAAACUCAUCGAAUAUAUCACGAGGUAACACGCCGAAUAUGUCGCGAGGAAAUGUGCCACAACCAAAUGUACCGAAUGUGCCACAAGCAAACACACCGAAUGUGUCAAGAGGAAACACGUCGAAUAUGCCACGAGGAAACGUACCAAACGUACCAGAACCAAAUAGGCCAAAUGUGCCUAGAAACGUAAAGCGAAGAAUAUUCAGAAAUACGUCUGACAAUGGAAUUGACGUAUUUCAAACUAAUGUUUGUUACUAUACUAAAACUGGCACAAAUAUAACCAGGUAUAAAAUGAACUCUAAUGACGUUAUUCGAACAGGCAAUUUCAUAAAAAAUCAAGGGAAAUGUGAACCAUCGCUGCAAUGUAUUUACUUACACGAAGAGCAUCCACUGCAGACGCCCAGUGACUACAACAAACUAUAUAUCCCUAACACACGGACCUUUGGUCAGUGCUAUGCUGCUCCUUUAAAACUAGAAACUAUACAAAAAGCCAAACCAUCUAGAGGCAUAUUCACCACAUUAUUUUUCUGUUGUUUAGGAGACAAAAGUCAAGGAGCUAACCUACCUAGCACUAUACCAGUUGCACACUCUCAGAAGGAUGUACACGUAAUAAACUCUUUUAACUGUGACUCAUACGACUUCGGGUGCCAGUAUAGUUUGAAAUCUACACACAGUCUUGAAAUUAUCUCUCAGAUGUUGACCAGAUCAUACUCCAACAUGUCGUCUACUGAAAGUGAUGACAGUGCUAGGAACCGCUUCCGUAAAAAUAAGAAACGUCGCAGUGAUUUAUUUGUAAUGAUGUAUACAUUAGCACGAAAAAUUAAGGAUAAAAAUUCUAAAUUUCCGAUAAGGAAAAAGAAGAACAAUGUAGUCGUACUGAGAGUACCCAAACAAUUCAGCAAUGCCUCAAAUACAGGAAGUCUAUCAAAAACACCCACUUGCACGAAACUGGAAAAACCUUUAACGAUUAGAGAUGAAUCUUCGCAUGAACAAAUCAGUUACAAUUGUGUCAGUUCACGAAAUAAAAUAUGGGGGCCAGGAGAAGUUCUUCUAAAGAAACCCUAAAGUAAUUAAAUUAAGUCUGUUAAUUAAUCAAUCGACAUUGCUGAAAUUAAAGGAAUCUGGUCGUGUUCGCCACGUCGGGGUGUCCAACUUGAACGCAGAGCAGCUAGCGCGCGUGUGUAGCGUGC